AAUUUGCAAAAUGAUCAAGAAAGUGAAGCCACUGAAAAGAACUUUCGAGAGCCGCAGCUGAGAAGAAAUUUGAUUGAGUACACUUUGUUCAAAAAGCAAUUUGUUAUCGACGGGCUGCCCUAGUGCUCUCUGUCGACAGUCAACAUGUCUCGGCGCUAUGACUCCAAGACGACCACCUUCUCCCCGGAAGGUCGUCUUUACCAGGUUGAGUAUGCCAUGGAGGGCAUCAACAAUGGCGGUACAUGUCUGGGAAUUCUAGCAUCGGACGGUAUUCUCCUUGCCUCAGAAAGACGGAGUACGAAUAAGCUUCUGGACAAGGCUGUAUACUCAGAAAAGCUUUAUCUACUGGAUGACAACACAGCAUGCAGUGUCUCAGGUAUUACAUCCGAUGCCAAUCUGCUAACUGAAACUCUUAGACUACGCGCUCAACAGUAUUUGCUACGUUACCAGGAGCCUAUUCCUGUUGAAAUGCUUGUGCAGCAGCUGUGUGACACUAAGCAAGUGUAUACACAGUAUGGAGGUAAGCGCCCGUUCGGUGUCUCCCUACUGUACAUGGGGUGGGACAAGCAUCUCGGAUAUCAGCUUUAUCAGAGUGAUCCUAGUGGAAACUAUGGUGGCUGGAAGGCUACCUGCAUUGGCAACAACUCGGGGGCUGCUGUAUCCAUUCUCAAGCAAGAUUAUGAUGAGUCAAUUACCCUGGAGAAUGCACUGAAGUUGGCGGUAAAAGUACUCAAUAAGACGUUGGACAGCACCAAGCUGACAUCGGAGAAAAUUGAGAUUGCUGCAUUGACCCAUGCCGACGACAAGACGAAAAUUGAAAUUCUGUCCACGACACGCGUCGAUGAACUCCUCAAAGAGUACGACCUGAAGGCCCAGGCAGAACGGAAGGAGAAGGAAGCUAAGGAAGCAGCAGAGAAGCGUGCACAGGCCGCAAAGAAGUAGGUGUGCGUGUGUGUUGGUAAGAUUUGCAGGGGAAGCCGCCCGCUUCCCCGUGAAGUUAUUUUUCUUUCUUUUGAACCACUUGUACAUGAACCCUAUCUCGCAAUAAUUCGCGUUUUUUUGAACAUGCUUGCAAUGCGCCCGCUACAUACCCGCCACCCCGAUCAUGUGUAUAUGUUUUGUUGUUGUUGCUAUGCUAGUCGUUUCCUGCAUUCCAUUUGCAUUUCGUUGUUUUUAUUAGUGCAGCAGCUAUGAGCCUGUAAGUAGGAAUUUAAAAAUCAGCUCUGUAUAAUAUUACCCGGUAUUGGCCCUGGAGGCAGCUUUUCUAAAUACAUUCUCAUACUGA